UGUCUGUUCCCCAAGCAUGUUUUGAACUCAUUAUUUCUUUUACUUUUCCUUUUCUGAAUUGAACUGCUUUAUUUUGAAUUUUGAAGUAAACCAAGACCAAGAUGGUGUCUAAAGUGGAAGAAGCAAUGAAAAGAAGGCAGCAACAACAAGAACAGAAGCAGCAAUAUCAUCACCAGCAGCAGCAGCAGCAGAAGCAAAUACAGUGUAACAAAAGCAAAGUUUGCAAAUUCAAGAGGAGCACCUCCAAUGUCGAAGAAGAUGGAGCUUCCACUGCCAUUCUCUUGCUUGCUUGCAUCGUCUGCGCUCCUUCGUAUCCAUAGCUAGCCAGGCUCACAUUUAUAGUUUAAAUUAAAUUUCAGCUAAGCUAGUUCCCAUAUAUAUGAAGGUUACCUCAAAUCCUUCCCCUUGUUUUUUUUUUCAUAAAUUUUUUUUAUUUUUAAUUUAAUAAUUUUUACUGUUGUAGUAAGAGUAUGAAUUUCAUUUAGCAUAUUACUUCUUGUAUUGUAAUUCUUCCUUUGUCUAUAUAUGAAAUUUGAUUAUAUUUAAGCA